AUUCAGCCUUAUCAUUUCCACUUGUAAUAAUUGACUAUCUAGAGAGCAAGGGUCAAUGUAAAGCUGGAAAUAAAGCCAUUACAUUCAGUACUGUGAAGGCAGUUAACUGAAACACAAUGUACUACACAUUGCUAUAUUUAUUUGUGGUUACUUGGCUGUGCCCGUCCAAUGGAUAUGUCUAUAGAACUGAAUAUUUUGAUACAAAGCUAGACAAUUUUGCAUUUGCAUCAAAUGAAACAUUUAAGCUGAGGUAUUUGAUAAAUGACACAUUUUGGAACCCAGGACGUGGGCCAAUAUUUUUUUACACUGGAAAUGAAGGCGACAUCACAGAUUUCGCUGAGAAUACUGGAUUUAUGUGGGAAACAGCCCCAGAAUUUGACGCUUUGGUUUUGUUCGCUGAGCACAGAUAUUAUGGGAAGUCGUUGCCUUUUGGAAAUCUAUCUACUUCGGAACCUAAGUAUUCAGGGUAUUUGACGGCAUCUCAAGCGAUGAUGGAUUACAUAGAACUUUUAAGCUAUAUCAAAGUAAAAUACAAUGCCACCGUCAAAGAAAUCCCUGUCAUUGCGUUUGGUGGAUCCUAUGGUGGCAUGCUGGCUGCAUGGAUCAGAAUGAAAUAUCCAUCUGUCAUCGCUGGUUCGCUGGCUUCAUCAGCACCCAUAUGGCAAUUUACAGGAAUGACUGAGUGUUCAGCAUUUUCCAGGGUGACCACAUCUGCGUACAGUUCUGUAUCUCCUGAAUGCUCGAAGAGAAUUCGAGAUUCUUGGAGUGUCUUGACUGAAUUAGGAAAAACAGAUGCAGGAAAAGCGAAACUCAACACACUUUUAAAUACUUGCAAGCCAUUAAAAACAGAUUCAGAUGUGCAAGGUGUCAAAGAUUAUUUGCAGACCAUGUAUGUCAACAUAGCCAUGGUCAACUAUCCUUACCCAGCUAAUUUUAUUGGAAAUUUGCCUGCAAAUCCAGUUAAAGCUGUCUGUAAAAAUAUGUUACAUACAAAUGAAACGAAUGAGUCAAUUUUAAGCGGUGUUUAUAACUCCUUAUUGAUGUACAUAAAUGGCACAGGAACUGCAAAAUGUUUUGACAUCACUAAUGAUGUUGAACCUUUCGGUGUUGGCGGAUGGAACAUUCAAUCUUGCACAGAAAUGGUGAUGCCAAUGUGUAACAAUGGUGAGACCGACAUGUUUGAAAAAAGUUCAUGGGACUUAAAAAAAGUAUCUGAUGAUUGUUUCAAACAAUACAAACUUAGACCAUCAGUGAAUAUUAUCCGUGACCUGUUUGGAGGAAAACGCAUAUCCUGGGCAACAAACAUUAUUUUUAGCAAUGGUCUACUAGAUCCCUGGUCCAGCGGUGGAGUUCUGCACAAUGUUUCUAAGACAGCAGUUGCCGUCAUAAUACCAGAAUCAGCUCAUCAUCUCGAUUUGAGAGCGCAAAAUGAAAACGACCCCACAACAGUCCGUAUGGCAAGAAAGUACUAUAAAUCAGUAUUCAAAAAAUGGAUUCAAGAUUUCUACUCAGAUGUCUGAUUUUUUUGAUGUUGAUAAUUUUCCUUUGCUAUUUACAUAUUAUCGAUGUUUUUAUUUAAUCAAGUUUUGUUUAACAAAAUAAAACAAUAGUGGGAAAUAUUCUCUGUUAAAAAAAUA